GCGCGCACUAUCGACGUCCACCCAGUGAAGUGCGCGCUCCUGGACCACCCUACCCAGCCCGCUCUCACUGAAUGAGUGCGACUGCCUAUUUGUGUUGUGUGUUCGUGUGAGAAAGAGGGAGAGCGGCCGUGACAAAGUGACAGACUGCGAGCGGAGCUGUGGGAAAGAAGCUAAAAUAACCGUAGCCGUUUCUUAAUGACUAAAGAUGCAAUGUGUCCAUUCAGGCUGCUACACCUGCCUUGAACAACACCAUACAUUAGGAUACUAGGUGAUCUCUGUGACCCCUCCCUGCCUGGCCAGGUCUCUGCCCCGACCCCCCACCCCCGUCAUUCCAUCUCAGCCCUCCUCCAGGAGCGCAGUCAUGGCUCUCUCCCCCCCUCCACUCCUGCUCCUCCUGCUCGUGCUCCUCUCCUCCCUGCCCCCCCCCUGCUCCCCUGAGUCCCAACGCGGAACCGAGGAGUCCUCUCCCAGCUUCUCUCCUUCCGCUUACCCCACCUCCUACUCCAACAUCACGGACAAGUGCUUGAAGGUGGUCAAGUGCAACCCCGGCAUCCUGCUCCCUCAGUGGAAGCCCCUCAACCCCGGCCUGGGGGACAAGAUUGCGCGCGCCGUGGUCUACUUUGUCUCCCUCAUGUACAUUUUCUUGGGCGUCUCCAUCAUCGCUGACCGCUUCAUGGCUUCCAUUGAGGUCAUCACUUCACAGGAGAAGGAGGUGACCAUCACUAUGCCCAACGGAGAGACAUCAGUGGCCACGGUGCGCAUCUGGAACGAGACGGUCUCCAACCUCACACUCAUGGCUCUUGGCUCCUCGGCCCCCGAGAUUCUGCUGUCUGUCAUCGAGGUGUGUGGCCACGGCUUUGAGUCGGGAGAGCUGGGGCCCAGCACCAUCGUUGGCAGCGCAGCUUUCAACAUGUUUGUGAUCAUCGCCAUCUGCGUCUGGGUCAUCCCGGACGGGGAGUCGCGCAAGAUCAAGCACCUGCGCGUGUUCUUCAUCACCGCUUUCUGGAGUAUCUUUGCCUACAUCUGGCUCUACCUCAUCCUGUCCGUCAUCUCACCAGGAGUCGUUGAGGUGUGGGAGGCCCUCGUCACCCUCCUCUACUUCCCUGUGUGUGUGAUCCUCGCCUGGGUUGCCGACCGCCGCCUCCUCUUCUACAAGUACAUGUCCAAGCGAUAUCGGGCUGACAAGCGGCAUGGCAUCGUGGUGGAGACGGAGGGAGAGCUGACCCCCAAGGGCAUGGAGGGCAUGAUCAUGGAUGGCAAGUUCCCGCCCCAUGGGGGCGCCGUGGGGCCGGCUGAGAACUGCCAGGAGGGCGCCAACAACACAGCGGGCACCACCCUGCCCAACUCCAACAGCACCACCGUCACUCUGGAGAGCACCAAGGAGCUAGACGAGAGCCGCAAGGAGGUCAUCCGUAUUCUGAAGGACCUGAAGCAGAAGUACCCAGAUAAGGAGCUGGACCAGCUGGUGGAGCUGGCCAACUACUACGCUAUGCUGCACCAGCAGAAGAGCCGCGCAUUCUACCGUGUCCAAGCCACACGCAUGAUGAUCGGCGCCGGCAACGUGCUGAAGAAGCACGCCGCCGACAACGCCAAACGAAACGCCGCCGCCGAUGAGGUUGAAGACGGCACAGCCGAGGAGGAAGAUCUGGCCUCCUGCAGCCGCCUGGCCUUUGAGAGCGCCCACUACCAGUGCAUGGAGAACUGCGGCGUGCUGACGCUGGUUGUGGUGUGCCUGGGCGGCGCUGGGGAGAACACCUUCUACGUGGACUACCGCACUGAGGAUGGCUCAGCCAACGCUGGCUCUGACUACGAGUACGCCGAGGGAUCGGUGGUAUUCAAACCAGGAGAUACCCGGAAGGAGAUCAAGGUGAGAGAGGGAGGGAAGCAGGUCAAACAUACUGAAUGAUGAGAUGAAAAAGAGAUGGAGAGACAAAAAGAACAGGACAGGGAUUAGUAGUGAGAGGAGAGUAUGGAAAAACAUACUGGUCUGUAAACAUGAGGAAACUAGAACAGACCUUAGGGGAUAGAGGAAGACAUAACAAGAGGGGCGGGAGAGAAACACUGCCUUUGAAAGAGGGGAAGGAGAGUAAAUAAGAGCACAGUGCUUUUGAAAGAGGGGAAGGAGAGUAAAUAAGAGCACAGUGGGAGUGUAUGAGGGGGCAUUGCCAUGAAACCAGGGAACCAGCACAAGGACAAAGUGGGGAAAAGAAUAAGAGCACAAAGCGGUGGGCAACACAACAGAAGCACCGUACUGUUUUUACAAUUGGUUUGUUACAGUGCAGAGUUUGCUUUUUCGAAACACUUCCCAUUCUUCCAAAAUGAAAUGUGGACAAAACUGUGGAUCAUUUUU